CCAAACUAAUCUACUGUACCAGUAACUUUUUUUUCUAUAAAAGACAGUAGUUUCUUUUCUAUAAUUAGGACUAGUCGAAGCUUGCGCUUUUUUGUUUUUAUCAUUUAGUAUUCAUUUCUUCGUAUAUUACAAUGACUUCCUCGAUUAUAGACGUUGACUACCGCGGACGCAUUGCGGUUGUCUCUAUUAAUAAUUCCAAAAAGCUCAAUGUACUAAGCCAGCAGCAAUAUUUCGAACUAGCCAGCCGCAUGAGAGAAAUAGCCACUCAUGAUGAAGUGUUCGUUACCGUAAUCACCGCAAAGGGGCGUUAUUUCUCUGCUGGCUUCGACGUUGGCAGUAACCCCCCCUUGCCCAAGGGAGAGGACAAGAUACGGCUACACUGGCUUCAGCACUUUCUUGCAUUCAAUAUCAACAUUACCGAUGCUUUCGCCACCCACCCAAAGGUCUUGGUUGUAGCCCUCAACGGACCUGUCAUUGGACUAUCUGCAUCCCUUACAGCGUUUGCAGAUUUUGUGUACUGCAUCCCAGACACAAUUCUUUUCAUGCCAUUCGCAUCUCUUGGCCUCGUCACUGAGGGCGGCGCCUCGCGAGCCCUAGUUCAGCGACUAGGAGUAGGAAAGGCGAAAGAGGCGCUACUCAUGUGCAAAAAGAUCACAUCAGAUGAACUCCUAGCUGCGGGCUUUGUUAACAAGAUCUUCCCCUGUAGCCAAGGCGAAGAGGACAAGUUUCAUCGGCUUGUAUUCGACGAGAUUGAAGAGAAGCUGGGCGAUCAACUUGUGGGAGAAAGCUUGAUACAGAUUAAGAAGCUCAUUAAUAAAUCUGAAGUGGAAGCAAUGGAGCGGCAAAAUAUCGCCGAAGUAUUUGCCGGUGUCAACAGCCUAGUCACGGGACUUCCACAGGCCGAGUUUGACAAGAUUUCUUCUGGUCGUAAGCGCUUUAAACUAUAGACAACUAUUUGUACAAGUCAUUAUCUAGGAACCUAAAUCUUAGUCUAAUUGUUUCUUAUCCGUUGAAGCUUCUAUCUAGCAGAUUGGUGGAGUAAUCUUCCACUAUUACAGGAGACAUCGU